AUGCCGGGUCUCCGGCAAGCGUUGUUGAUUCAAGGGAAGCCCAUCUUCAAGAGGGCUCCCCCCGCCGUCUUCUCCGGCGAGGAGAAACAGCCCUCCGGCGGCCGCCGCCGUCUUCUCCGGCGAGAAACACCACCUCUCCUAGUCGGCGCCCGGAAGAUCCGCGUCCUCUGCUGCGACCCCGACGCUACUGACGACUCCUCCGGGGACGAAGACGACGACGAAAUGGCGGCGCCACCCCUCUCCGCCGCUGGCAGCAGAAAGAAGCUCCUGAUCAGCGAGAUCCACAUGUUCCCUUCCCGGAGCAGAAAGAAGCUCCCCAAGGCUGAAGCUCCCUCGCCGCCUUCCACCGGCGGCGGCGCCGCUGCGGUGCCCAGAUACAGAGGCGUUCGUCAGCGCCGGUGGGGGAAGUGGGCGGCGGAGAUAAGGGACCCCAUCAAGGGAGCUCGCGUCUGGUUGGGUACCUACGACACCGCCGAGCAGGCUGCCAUGGCCUAUCAGAGAGCUGCCGAUCGCAUCAACGCUGAGAGGAGCCUCUCCUCUUCUUCCUCUUCUUCCGCCGUCGCCACCGGCGGCGCCGCCGUUGACUCCGGCGACUCCGACGCGCCGCCGCCGCCGCCUUCCGUCUCUGAGCUCGUCGUUCCCAUGUUGGCGGCGGAGGAGCUGCUCGGGUCUCCGCUGGGUCUGGAGCUGGACCUCGUCGACCCGUUCCUCUUGGGCGAGUUCGGGUCGGGUCAAGAGGACGACUUCGUCGUCGGCCUGGGACACGUGGACGACCUGGAUUUCGACGCCUUCGACCCCGCCUCUCUCGACUGGGUAGACGUCUGA